AACAACGGGCUCUGCAAUUAAACUGUCUCUCCUGUCUCCAUCGCAUUCCAAAUUUUCAAUCCAAAGCAAUUCACAGAAAGAAAUUGACGAGAAACGAAAUAGGCUUAGAAGAUGUCAACGGAGAGACACGCUUCCUCGACUCCGACUUCUCCUGAAGAUAAUGCUAUGUUUUUGGAUAUACUACAUGAAGCUCCUUUGUUUGGUCACCGGAAAUCUAGGAGUCUUUUUGGGAGUAUUGUUUACGUUUUCGUAUUGGCAGGUUACGGUGUUUUGGCUGCAGGAGCUCCAUGGAUAUUUCAUCCUAUAAAGAGUUUGAUCCCGCCAUUGCUUUGCAGUUGUGAUGUUAUUCUUUUGGUAGUCACAGGCAUAUUUCAACAGUAUUUCGUUUAUCAAGUGCAGAAAAUACGCUUACAGGGUUAUUAUAGUUUCAGUCAGAAGUUGAAACAUAUUGUUCGCCUACCGUUUGCCAUUACUGCAUAUGGAACUGCUGCAAUGCUACUUGUCAUGGUUUGGAAACCCCACAUCAGUAUUCUUUCUAUCUCUACAGUACUGAGGAUUAUUAUGUUGAUCGAAGCAAUAUGUGCUGCUUCUUUUAUGAGUGUCUAUAUUGGUGAGUUUUUGUACGUGUAA